AUGUCAACACCUACCACGGCCACGGCCACGCUUCCACAUUACCACCCUCACCAUUAUCCGCAAUCAUACGGCCACACGCAUUCGCAUCAUCAGCCGUAUCAGCCAAACCCCAGCGCUAACUAUCGUUCGGCUGCUUCGAAUCAGAAUAUUCUACCUCCUCCGGUUUCUUCAGCUGUCUCGCCUUCUCACAGUGCCAUUCUGCCUCCUCCGUACCAACUCUCACCUUUGGCAUACUCUUCCACGGCAUCGAAUGGCAUAGGCCUGACGCACUCGUCAACCUCUCGCUCUGCACAUCACGCCCAGGAACCUAGCCCGCGACACGACGCGGGUUAUUCAACUGCAACCAUGCCUGAGACUGCUCCUGCUUCUCACGCAGAGCCCUCGAGAAAGCGUCGCCGCUCCCGCGAACCCGAUUGGAAUACUUUUUACAAAAAUGGGCUUCCUAAGGAAAUCAUAGUCAUUGAUGAUACGCCUGAGCCUGAAGCGAAUACUAGUCGAAAAAUUACAAACAGCACUGUUAUCGCGCCCAACGACACCACGAACCGCCAGGCGGCCAAGAAGAGGAGACGAGACGAAGAGACCGGCACUGUACAGGGCUCGGGCUACCACAUCAAAUACCUCGAAUCAAAAAACAACACCCCGGCGCAGAUUACAACACCUGCUGGCUCGUCCAAUUCGAGCAGUGACCGCACCAAUUCUGGUGUCAAUACCACUGCCCCAACUUCACUCUCCUCCAAUGGUCAAUAUGAGGAGGCUGCGGUUCCCCUUAAGCGAAAGCGCACCCGCCAGCAGGUGGCUAACGAGGCCAAGCGUCGCGACGUCGAUGGCCUCGGAGAUAUCUUCACAUACAAGCCUCCACCCUACCCUCCCAAGAAGGCUGGAGAGGUCAAUGUUCAGGUUAUCCAUGACCGACAUUACAACAAGAACGUCAAGGUUGAUGACGACGAUGGUCAUUACAUUGUUAUCCCUGAAGCUGAACUCACGGACAAAUACCAAAUCGUCCGUCUUCUGGGCCAAGGAACCUUUGGCAAAGUUGUUGAAGCCCGCGACCGCAAACGUAACAAGGCCGUGGCUGUCAAAAUCAUUCGAUCAGUCCAGAAAUACAGAGAUGCCUCGAGAAUUGAACUUCGCGUUCUUGAGACCCUCAAACGAAAUGACGAGGAGAACCGUAACCGAUGCAUUCAUCUGCGAGACUGUUUUGAUUACCGCGGCCACAUCUGUAUCGUUAUGGACUUGCUGGACCAAAGUGUUUUUGACUUUCUCAAGGGUAAUGGUUUUGUUCCAUUCCCCAACAGUCAGAUUCAGAGUUUCGCGCGACAACUCUUUACCAGCGUUGCCUUUUUGCACGAUCUCAAUCUAAUCCACACAGAUCUGAAGCCUGAGAACAUCUUGCUCUGCGACCACGCCUAUCAAACGUUUACCUACAAUCGCAAGAUCCCUUCUUCUUCUACCACUGUUAACCGCCAGGCCACGCAACGCCGUGUGCUACUCGAUACUGAGAUCCGGUUAAUCGAUUUUGGCUCUGCCACCUUCCAAGACGAGUACCACUCCUCAGUGGUCUCUACACGCCACUACCGAGCCCCAGAGAUUAUCCUGGGUCUGGGAUGGUCAUUCCCCUGCGAUAUCUGGAGCAUAGGAUGCAUCCUGGUUGAGUUCUUUACGGGCGAUGCUCUGUUCCAGACACAUGACAAUCUUGAACACUUGGCAAUGAUGGAGGCGGUAGUUGGAUCACGGAUCGACACCCAUCUUGUCCAAGCUGUAAACAAGAUGUCGACUCGAAGUGGCGGCAAUUCUGCUGCCAAAUACUUCAAACGCCUCAAGCUGGAUUAUCCUGCAAACGAAACAACCCGUGGCUCCCGUCGGUUUGUCAAGGCCAUGAAGCACCUUGAUCACAUCAUUCCUGGAAAUAACACUUUCCUCAAGAACUUUGUUGAUCUGCUUAAGAGAAUCUUUGUGUAUGACCCUGCUCACCGCAUCACCGCGAAGCAGGCUUUGCAACAUCCUUGGCUCAAAGAGAUGGCCCAGCCCGAUGAUGGCACUGAGGCUGCUAAGAUCCGCCAGGAGAGGAUACGGCUGGAGCAACGGAAUUCAUAUGUCCGAAGUUGA